CAGAUCUCAGCGAGACCAGAGCGAGCGCAGCCCGGUCACAUUACAGCACGAGACGCGCCUCUGCACCUCCUCUACCGCAGUCUCUCCAUCAUUGACCGUAGCAAAAUGCCACUGGGAGAGGAUGGACACUCUUGGAAAAAGAAAACGUCGAACAUCAAGGACAUCUAUGACUUCAAAGAGGUUUUGGGAACAGGGGCUUUUUCUGAGGUGAUGCUCGCAGAAGAGAAGAGGACGAGAAAACUAGUGGCGAUAAAAUGCAUCCCGAAAAAAGCUCUGGAGGGGAAGGAGAACAGCAUUGAAAAUGAGAUUGCUGUGCUCCACAAGAUUAAACAUGCCAACAUAGUUUCCCUGGAGGACAUCUAUGAGAGUAAAUCACACCUCUACCUUGUCAUGCAACUAGUGGCCGGUGGCGAACUCUUCGACAGGAUUGUGGAAAAAGGAUUUUACACCGAAAAGGAUGCCAGUAAGCUCAUCCAGCAGAUCCUGGACGCUGUGAAGUACCUGCACGACAUGGGCAUCGUGCACAGAGACCUGAAGCCAGAGAACCUGCUGUACUACAGUAUGGAUGAAGACUCCAAAAUCAUGAUCAGUGAUUUUGGCCUGUCAAAGAUUGAGGGUUCGGGUAGUGUGAUGAGCACAGCAUGUGGCACUCCUGGAUAUGUAGCUCCUGAGGUUCUGGCGCAGAAGCCGUACAGUAAAGCAGUGGACUGCUGGUCAAUCGGGGUCAUCGCUUACAUUCUUUUGUGUGGCUAUCCACCAUUUUACGAUGAAAAUGAUGCCAAGCUCUUUGAGCAGAUCCUGAAGGCAGAGUAUGAGUUUGAUUCACCGUACUGGGAUGAUAUCUCUGACUCAGCCAAAGAUUUUAUUGUGCAUUUAAUGGAAAAAGAACCCAGCCAGCGUUACACGUGCGAACAGGCUCUUCAGCACCCAUGGAUCGCCGGAGACACAGCGUUGGAUAAGAAUAUCCAUGAAUCUGUCAGUGCCCAAAUUAAGAAGAACUUUGCCAAAAGCAAGUGGAAGCAAGCAUUUAAUGCCACAGCAGUAGUUCGUCACAUGCGCAGGCUGCAGUUGGGAACCAGUCAGGAGGGCCAAAUGCAGUCCACCUUGCCCAGCCCCUGCCACGGACACCUGCUGCUGCCCGAGGGAGAAGAGGAAGAGAGCUCCCUUCGGAGGGAAAAUAGUGGCUGUUCUGAGGGUGUCAGUGAUGGGAAUGACAUCCAGAACUGCACCUACCAUGUCCAUCCUACUAGUCAGGUCUGAGUGUCAAUCGUCCUGCAGUAACCAAUGACUGACUGUCCUGUUUUUCCACUGGAGUCCUGCCACACCCCCAGUCUGGCCAGGAAUACUGAGUAGCUCCAGCAUCCUGCCACUUGGAGGUGCUGCAUUGUAAAGAACCCAGGUGGGAAUGGGAUCACUACUAUUCCAAUGGAAGAGUUCUGUUUAAUGAGAGUUCAAAAAGAGACAAGAAGAUUGCCACAGGCGCUUCAUGGGUAAUAUAUGCUUUUGUGGGAGCUGGAUAGAGAUUGGACAGUGCUUUAACACAUUUUUUUAAAACAACACCGUCUACUUUCAUUUUUCUUUUCCUGAACUAAAAGUCCUCAUGCCUGUUUCUCUUUUAAUUAAAAAUACGACAGUGGCUGUUGGUAUGUGACCUGGUUUAAUAUACAUCAGCUUUAGAUUUGGUGACAUUUUAUGAGAUUGUGAAUUUUGGCGUUAGGUUAUGCAAAGAUUGCCCAAUUGCAUUUCUUGAACGUUGAAUAUUGUCUCUUUUCAACUACAGUACAAACAGAUUUCACAUUCAUGAGAUUCUACACAUUAGCUGUGUUGCCACAUCGCAUUAGUUCAAGUUGCUUUGUACUUCCAUAAAAAGCGCUGAUUAAGUGUAAGUUACAUUUUAGUUUGUUUUUGACAUUUUUUAACAUUUAACAUCUUUUUGUACACUAAGUCUACACAACAGAUCAUUCAGUCAGUAUGUUUAAGAGCGUCUUUCUCGCUUCAAAUGUUUUCUGUGGUGCCUUCAUGGAUUCAGUAUCAAUGUUUUACUUGUUUUAUUUGUUUCAACAUGUUUUGAUCCUUUCAUUUGGGAAUGUUUGAAGCUGUACAUGGUAAAACGUUGCUGUUUACCUUCAAAUUCGCUUACAUGGCAUAUAAGGCUAUUCUAAGCUAUGCACUGGUGGACGCUUUGUAAAUGUCUAAUGUUUAAUGCUGCCAUCCUAUAAAUAUUGCAAAGCUUUUGUUUUUUGUAAACCCCUUUCUAUUACAACAUUAAAAGUACUCAGGGGAGGAAUUGAAAUCAGAUAAUUUUUAUAUAUUAAAUGGUCAUUUUACAAGAAAAAAAACUAUAGGAUACUGAAUACACAUCACUACAAGGCUGUGGUCCAAAUUAUUUAAAUAUAUUUGGCAAUUUGGAUUCUUUUGGAACCGGUAUGAAAAUAACCUCCAUUAAACGACAUCAAUGUGUGACUUGACUCCAAUUUUAUUGUUUUGUUUGUUUCCAUCCACUGCUAUCGGAAAAAAAAAAAAAACUUAGAUAGAAAAUCGUUUUGAAACGUUUUGAAAAAGUUCACAUAAUAGGACUCUCCAGAUGUUUGCGGAGAAAGUUUUCCACGAGUUUGUUGGAAGAUGGUGGUUUUCCGUAAUGCAUUGCAAGACAUCUAAGCCUUUUGUUUUGUUUUGUUUUUAGUGAAUAUGAUUAUUCUGAAAACAAUAUGUGUUUAUGCUGUCAAUAUGUAGUGCUAAAUUCUCAAACAAUACCAAAAACUGAUAUUGUGAUAAAAUGAUCUUGUGAAAGUACAUACAAAUAUCAUAGUGUCUUUGCCAUUUAUCCAUAACAUUUGGAAUGCUUUCUGGAAGGUUCUCAUAACAACAUAUGCAGAACCAUUCUGGUGCUGACUGACUUUCAAAGGUCUACAGAGAUCUGUUUACCAAUACAUAAGGAAAUGUGAGGUUUUGUUCUAUAUCUGUAUCUGCUUUCUGAAUUUACUUUACAUGUGUGGUGAAGAUGGAUGAAAUUAAAGUUUAAAAAGUAUAAAAGAUUUAUAGUAAAAGGGAAUGUGUCAUGUGAUUUUGCCUGCAGUGUUGCUUGUGCAGACUUCCUGUAUUGAUCAAGAUGCCAAUUUGAGAUGGUGGGUCAAAGAAUAAAUUCAGUUGAACUG